CCUGGGGUUCUUUCCCCACCCCCCAGAUCGUAGUUACAGGUUCGGGCUGUGGCGGAUGAGGAGAGGCUGUCGCGGUGUAACUCCAGGUGGGGAGAAGGCUGCUCACAACCCCCGCAGGUGCACCGGGGUCGGGCAGAGUCUGCCGCGAAAAGGGCAGAAGUUACUUUUGCCCUCUGACAAAAUGUUUCUGAGCUCAUCACCUGAGACACUCAGGAAGAAGAUGAUCAGCUGCAGAUUUGUCACCACGAACCUCUUGUCAUUUGAGCCCAUCUGCAUUUUCCUGCUUUCCCAAGCUUUGCUGGCGUUGGGUAUACAACAAAUCCAUGUUGGCCAGGAGAUGAUUGGCAAGAUCUCAGCUGCUGGCCAGUUGAUGCAGUGCUCUGCCUCAUUAGAUGUCCUUUUCCUCCUGGAUGGCUCCUACAGCAUUGGCAAAGGAAGCUUUGAAAGGUCCAAGCACUUUGCAGGCAAGCUCUGUGAUGCCUUGGACAUCCAUCCAGACAGAGUCCGUGUGGGAAUGAUACAGUUUAGCUCAACUCCCCACCUUGAAUUCCCACUGGAUUCUUAUCUAACCAAGCAAGAAGUGAAAGAGAGAAUCAAGAGGACUGUGUUCAGGUGGGAGGAGCUGCAGGUGCUGGCCAGCGAGCCCCCUGAGCGGCACCUGCUCUUUGCUGGAGAUGCCGACGAUGCUGCCAACGGCCUGUACAGCACCUUGAGUGACCCUGUCUGCACUGCCACUGCUCCAGGCUGCAAAGUUGAGUCCCACCCUUGUGAACGCAGGACCCUGGAGACGGUGAAAGAGCUGGCUGGCAGCUAUGUGUGUUGGAAAGGCUCAAAGCAGCCCAAUUCAGUGCAGGCCUCACUGUGCCCUUUCACCAGGUGGAAGCGAGUCUUGAUAAAACACCCAUCCAGAUGCUUCCGAACUGUAUGUCCAGACCCUUGUGACUCCCAGCCAUGCCAGAAUGGUGGCACGUGUGUCCCAGAGGGACUGGACAGAUACCACUGCCUCUGCCUGCUGGGCUAUGGAGGAGACAUCCACUGUGCAGCAAAGCUGAGCCUCGAGUGCAGUGUGGAUCUCCUUUUCCUGAUGGACAGCUCAGCAGGGGUCACACUGGAAGGGUUCCUGCGCUUCAAGGCCUUCCUCAAGAGAUUCCUCCAAGCUGUGGUGGGCCACGACUCGCCAAUGAGUGUGGGGGUGGCCCACUACGAUGAUGAUGUGAAGGUACCCAUUGAGCUGGGCCAACACAAGGACACACUCAGUCUCAUGAAGAGCAUUGAUGCCUUGAAUUUCAGUGGGGGGAGAACCCUGACAGGCAGAGCCCUGCAAUACAUUGCACAGCACGGUUUUAGGAGCACCCCAGUCUUUGCAGAUGUGCAGGAUGAUCUCCCACGUGUGGUUGUCCUGCUCACUGACUCCAAGUCCCAGGAUUCGGUGGCAGAAGCCGCUAAGUAUGUGAAGGACCAAAAUAUCUUCUUGAUUGGCAUAGGCAGCAGCUUCAUGAGAGCAGAGCUGACCACGGUGACUGGCAAUCCACAGCAGACCAUUGUCUACUCUGACCCUCAGGACCUCUUCAACAGGAUGCCAGAGCUGCAGAGAAAAAUCUGCAGUGUGGGCAGUCCUGAAGGCUGCCAGGCCCAGUCUCUUGAUUUGGCAUUUGCCCUGGAUGCCUCGUCUGGAGUUGGCCUGGAGAACUUUCUGCGUCUGAGGCGCUUUGUCAGGAGCAGCUGUUUGCACUUCAUCAUCAACCGGGACGUCACCCAAAUUGCCCUGGUGACCUAUGGCAGCAGAGCUCACACCGUGUUCGCCUUGGACGCCCACACAAGCAGCUCUGCUGUUCUCCAGGCCAUCGACCAGGCGCCCUUCCUUGGGGACUCAGCCUCUGCUGGCAGUGCCUUGCUGCACGUUUACAGUGACGUAAUGACUGUGCAGAAGGGAGCAAGGCCUGGCGUCAACAAGGUGCUGGUGCUGCUCACCAACGGAGGGGGCAUGCAGGAUGCAGCUGCCCCAGCUCAGCAGCUGAGGCACAAUGGCAUCUUGGUGUUUGUGGUGGUCAUUGGGGACACAGAGAGGGACACCCUGCUGAGAGUUGCUGGGUCUCCCAACUACCUGCUCCACGUCUCCUCCUACGAAGACCUGCAGUAUUACCAAGGCCUUAUCAUCGAGAGGAUCUGUGAAGAAGCCAGAAGCCCUGUGAACCUGUGCAAGCCCAACCCCUGCAUGAACCAGGGCGUGUGCAUCCUCGGGCCAGGGAGCUACCGCUGCGAGUGCCACGGCUGGGAGGGACCCCACUGCGAGACCAGAGUUCUCCGGGGGGAUUCUCCGAGAUCUCCAGCCCUUCCUCCAGGUUCCCAUGUGCAGUGGAGUCCAAGGGGUUUGCAGCACUUCUCCAGAGCCCUCCAGCACAGCAAAAGGCAAAUGGAUCAGAGGCAUUGACACGGAUGUGCUGAGUGCUGCAGUUCUCCAUCCAGGAGCACUUCCUGCCACCCACAGCCACCAUCCAGCCCUUGGCAGUGAUGGAGCUGCUCCAGCACAGGGACUCUGUUGAGGCCAUUCCCAAUUCCUGAAUUGCACAAACUGGGCCCCCGAGCACUCUCUA